AUGGAAUUCGGCGGUCCUCUCGGGGUCACUGCCCUGAUGAUCGGAUUCCCCCUACUAAUGUACUACAUGUACAUCGGAGCGAUGCUAUACGACGGCCAACCACCUCUGCCUGCUUCCGAUGAAUCAAUAUCUCACUUCAUAACCCGCCUUGUCGACCUAGUCUACACGCACGCUUAUCCUACCAAGAAAGCAUGGGCUAUAUACUGGACGUUCCUCAUCCUCGAAGGCAUCGGAUAUCUCUAUCUCCCUGGGGUCUACGGAAAGGGUAAACGUCUUCCGCAUUUAGAUGGCAAGCAGCUCGAAUACUACUGCUCUGCCGUGUCCUCAUGGUACAUGACUAUCGCUGCGGCUUUGGCGUUGCACUUCUCGGGGGUGUUCAAGCUGUAUACUCUUAUCGAUGAGUUUGGUUCGUUCAUGUCUGUCGCCAUCCUUUCGGGAUUUAUCGUCUCCGUCCUCGCAUACGUAUCAGCCCUAGCCCGGGGCGCGGAACACCGCAUGACAGGCUCGCAUGUAUAUGACUUUUUCAUGGGCGCGGAGCUUAACCCCCGGCUACUCGGGUGGUUGGAUUUCAAGAUGUUCUUUGAGGUCCGGAUUCCAUGGUACAUACUGUUUUUGCUUUCGCUGGGGACGGCGCUAAAGCAGUUUGAAGAGUUUGGCUAUGUGUCUGGGGAAGUUGGGUUUGUGCUCAUGGCGCACUUUUUGUAUGCGAAUGCUUGUGCCAAGGGAGAGGAGUUGAUUAUCACUAGUUGGGACAUGUAUUACGAAAAAUGGGGCUUCAUGCUUAUUUUCUGGAACCUCGCCGGUGUACCCAUGAGUUACUGCCAUUGUACAUUGUACCUGGCUACGCACCAUCCGGACACCUAUAGAUGGAACAGGUUGGCACUAUGCGCACUGUUUGCUGCAUAUCUAUUCGCAUACUGGGUCUGGGACACAGGAAACAGUCAGAAAAACUUCUUUAGAGCCCAAGAGCGCGGCAUCCCAGUUGACAGAAAAACGUUCCCCCAACUUCCGUGGAAAUACGUCAAGAACCCGGAUGUCAUUCGGACGAAGACUGGCGAUUCGAUUUUGUGUAGUGGAUGGUAUGGCUUGGCCCGCAAAGUCCACUAUACAUGCGACCUCUUCUUCGCCACCUCAUGGGGUCUGAUCACGGGAUUCAACUCGCCAUUCCCAUGGUUUUACUCGGUAUUCUUUGCGGUGAUGAUUGUUCAUCGUGCGAGGAGAGAUAUUCACCGGUGUCGCGAGAGAUAUGGGGAGGCUUGGAUGGAAUAUGAGCGCCGGGUGCCGUGUCUUUUUAUUCCGUAUGUUAUUUGA